GUGUAUGCUAGUAGGAUGUAAGUUACCUAUUGUACUGGUCUAGACUUCCUCGGUAUAUUCCCUUGGCGAGUGCAGAUCAGACGUGCUGGGAUGUUAGACGCUUGGAUUGCACGCUUGCAUGAGAAUCGUCGCAUGGCCGUGCGAGACGCGUCUGACUUAUGCGAUCGAGCACUUGCGAUCAUGAGCCGAGAAGCAAAUGUAGUAAAGUUGCGAUCUCCAAUCAUCAUAUGUGGGGAUAUCCACGGCCAGUAUCGUGACCUCCUCGAGCUAUUCCGAGCUGCUGGCACACCUCCUCGGGCUCGGUAUGUUUUUCUUGGUGAUUACGUCGACAGAGGGGGUGAAUCAAUUGAAGUCUUCCAACUUCUAUUGUGCUAUAAAAUAAAAUAUCCAACACACGUUACCCUACUACGAGGCAAUCACGAAAGCCGACAAGUCACAAAAGCAUAUGGUUUUUAUGAUGAGUGUCUAUUAAAAUAUGGAUCUUCAAAGAUUUGGCAUGAUUGCUGUCGAGUCUUUGAUGCUUUGAGCAUCGCCGCGACCGUGGACGAGCAGAUCUUUUGUGUCCACGGGGGCCUCUCGCCAACGCUCCAAUCUAUUUCGGAAGCAUCAACAUUUGAUCGACACUGUGAGGUACCUGACGAUGGGCCGAUUUGCGAUCUGCUGUGGUCAGACCCCGCAGAUGACGAUGAGGGUUGGGUAUUUUCGAAUCGUGGAGCUGGUUACCUUUUUGGUGUGACAGUAACCACCAAAUUCCGGGAGAGAAACAACGUGCGAUUAAUCUGUCGGGCGCAUCAGCUUGCUAUGGAUGGACAUCAAUUUCAUUUCAACAAGUCUGUCGUCACAGUUUGGUCGGCGCCGAAUUAUUGCGGUAGGUGUGGAAAUGCAGGGUCAAUUCUCAAGCUUUGUGGUGAAUUUCGAGCAUCGGCAGUGACUUUUGCUCCCAGACUGAACAUAGUGUAGCCGCUUUUGCGCCCGGCGGAGCGUGUCGCAAGAGUGCAGUGGGCCAUGUACAGGCGCCCACAAGCCCGCGGGAAAUUCGACGCGCUAUAGUUUAGACCCCGCCCGGCCCCCCGGCGCCCGCCCGCGGGAAACUCGACGCGUUCUAGUUUGGAUAACAUAUCCCGCCGGCGGGAUAUGUUAAACGCCGCUUCA